UUACCUGAGCGCCCACAACACCAACACCGCCUCACCUGGACUGUUUGCCAUGGAGAAAACCAGAUAAACUAUGAGGAUACUAUGUUUCCUUGCGCAUCUUUUGACGAAGGGAAGAAGUGUCCCCGCUGAGCCGAGCCGCCUCCAAGCUGUUGUCACGCGAGCUGCCUCUACUCCACUAACUUAAUAACGGCAAGAGCGCGCGCUGCCACGGACAAACAGGUUUUUUUCACUCAAUGGCCAUCCCACCAUGUGGUGAUCUUCUCAGCAUUACCCAGUAGGUAACAACACUUUUGAGCUGCAGUCCUCAUCACCGACCUUGCACCUGCAACAGCUGAUCUCAUGGCCCACCCCUAUGAGCCCUGGUUACGGACAGCACCACCUAGUGGUAGCUCAGAAGACAUGAACAUCCCUUCCUGGUGGGACCUCCACCCCACACCAGGGAGCUGGAUGGACUUGCAGGCUGGUCAGGGUGUGGGGUUGCCUUCAGUGGGCGCGGGGAGCUCCAUGGGACUCCAGCCCUCUUUAGGACCUUAUGGCUCUGAACCCCAGUUGUGCACCAUGCCUCCAGCUCAGCUUGCCCCAGCCUCCCACUCUGCUCACCUCUUCCCUCAGGAAGGCUUCAAGAUGGAGCCACUGGCUCCUGAAAUGCUCCAACAAGAAGCAUUCUCCCUGGAAGAGCCGCAGGAGAGCACUGCCGCGGCCCGACCAAAGCCCCAGCGGCGCUCCUCGUCCAGAGGCGCCGGCCAGGCCGUGUGCCGCUGCCCUAACUGUGUUCAUGCAGAACAGCUGGGUCAGAGCACUGAUGACGGCAGGAGAAAGCACAUGCAUAACUGCCACAUCCCUGGUUGUGGCAAAGCCUAUGCCAAGACCUCCCAUCUGAAGGCUCACCUACGCUGGCACAGCGGGGACCGGCCGUUUGUCUGCAACUGGCUCUUCUGCGGGAAGCGAUUCACCCGCUCUGAUGAACUGCAGCGCCACCUACAGACGCACACAGGUGCUAAGAAAUUCAGCUGCGCCUUAUGCCCCAGAGUUUUUCUGCGCAACGACCACCUGUCCAAGCACAUGCGCACACAUGAGUCCCCACCAGGGCACGGGGAAGAGAGGGUGAAUGGAGAUGGAAGGAUGGAUAAGGGUUUUGAUACACCCACCCCUCCUCAGUCGUCCUCCCAAGUAUCUGCAUCAGACGCUACAGAGCCACCGCUUAAGCUGAAAUGCGAGACAGAGUCCUCUGUCUCCAGUGUAACAGGGCAGUCUAGUUAACUGCUUUACUUUUACAUGUUUUCUCAGUUUACCAUCAGGCUUCUGUCUCAUUCAUAGAGGUAUCAUAGUUUUACCAUAGAAUAGAGAAUAGAACAACAUACAGAACAAGCUUUGCUGAUGAAUUCUGGAUUGAACAGAAAGUGUCUUUCUGCAAUCUUGUGAAUUUGUCAGUGGGACUAAUGUAAAGACACCUGCAAUAAUCUCAAUGCUACAGCACCAAGCAAAUAACGCUACCAGGAAACUCAGAGUUAUCUGAGCAUAAAGCAUUCCUCUGUGCUUACAUCCAGAUGAGAGCUGGCUAAGGAGGCAACCGAGCUGGAGCUAAAGCUUGCUGCUAGGACUUCCAUUGCUGCUAGUGCUACUAUUACCAGUAGACUAAGAGACUUGGAAUGAGUUAAACUGAAGGUGGCUAGUGAAAAUGUUUACAGUGAAACAAAGUAACCAAAUCUGUUACUUGAAAACCUGGAGAAAGCUCUGUCUCCAGCAGUCAGUUUUAAUUUUCCUUGUCAGUGAAAAUGUUGUCAGAGGCAGCACGCCUUUGAUUGGGGAAAUAAGACAAGGCGGAUGUUUUGUGUUGGUUGCAGACUUUCAAGAUUUCUACUGCCUACAUUUGUGUGUAGCCUACUGUACAAGUUGUGACGAGACACUGGAAAAUUACACUACAUUUUGUAUUUUAUUAAGUGCUAUCAGUCAAUUUGGAUCGCUGACCUCAGAUGCC